AACGUGUCAGUACUCAGUUUUGAUCAGAUCGCCUGGAAAACAGUGUCGUGAAGAAAAAAUAAUUUUUUCCACUGAAAGCCAAAUCCAAUUUCCAGUUUCUUCUUCUUCUUUGAUUUCUCUUACUUUGUUGUAACGAUGGCGAAUACUGAGUUGAAAUCCGAUAAUUUGUUUGAGAUGAUGAAGGGUCACUUGGCUAGUGAUGCUGGUAAAGAACUCACCAAGAAGAUCGGCCUCGUUUACCAAAUCAAUAUUGCCUCCAAGAAAAUCGGGAUUGAUGAAGUUUCUUACGUUGUUGAUCUCAAGAAAGGAGAAGUUACCAAAGGUAAAUAUGGAGGGGGAAAGCCUGAUGCUAUUUUUUCCUUCAAGGAUGAUGAUUUCAUAAAGGUCGCCACUGGAAAGAUGAAUCCCCAGAUGGCUUUUAUGAGGGGUGCAAUGAAGAUUAAAGGGAGCUUGAGUGCAGCUCAGAAAUUCACUCCUGACAUUUUCCCAAAGCCUGCAAAGAUGUGAGCAGAGAUGCUAAUGUGUUAUGUAUUUGUUCUCCCAAAUGUGUCCUUUGCUAGUAUACUCCACUUGAUCUCCUCCGCCUUAUAUACUAGAAUAGAAGAUAGUAAGGCAUAUAAGGACUCGGACUAUCGAACAACUUCAAUAUAUUCCUCUUUUCUUCCAAGUAAAUAUAUAUGUUUUUUUUAAUGCUUUGCUGGA